AUGUUCGCUGCAAGGACAGUCCUGCUGCUCACCCUUCUCCUCACCUUCUCCCUGCACCACAUCACAGCCCACAUUAGGCCCACUGAAUGCUGCACCAGUUAUGCGCAGAGAACUGUCCGACACGUGAAGAGCUUCUACAAGACGCCCCAAGGCUGCUCCCUGCCUGCAGUCGUGAUAUUGGCUGCCACUGGUGAUGAGGUCUGCGCCGACCCCAAGAAGCCCUGGGUGAAGAGAGCCAUACAAAACCUUCAGAAUAAAAAAUUAAAUCCUCCUUCCACUGUCCACCAUCUAACUCGCCCAUCCAGUCCUCCUGUCUCUGGAGGGAGCUGAUGGCGCUCGUGGCGCUUCUUCGAAGGGUCCCAUGGCAGUGGGCACCGUCACUGCAGGUGGAGCCAGCCCGGACCACCCCAGGACCAGUGUGACGGUGGCCACCAAGUUGCUCCGCUGUCACUGCCGUGUCAUGAUGU